CCGUCCCUCUCGGGUGUGACGUCACUCCUGACUGACUUCCGAGGCGAACCGCUCGCAGCAUCAGUUUUCAGUCGGGGAGCGGAGCAGCCUCGGGCCGAUGGAGUGCCGGGAGAGCGUCGUUUCUUACCUGAGCUGGGCUCUGAUCGCCGGGGGCGUGGUCUACCUGUGGCACCAGACCCGGAGGCAGGUGCAGUACGGCCGGUACGUGGCGGCGGAGUCCCGCUGCUACCCGGCCAGACUGGGCUGGUUCCUUCAGGAGGUCCCGUCCUUCCUGCUGCCGCUGCUGCUGCUGCUGCUGACGGAGGAGCCGCACCGCGGGCCGGGGAGGACGCUGCUGCUCUGCACCUUCAUGCUGCACUACUUCCACAGGAGUUUUAUCUACUCCUUCCUGACCAGAGGUCGGCCCCUCCCCCUGGUGAUCCUCCUCUGCGCCGCCAUCUUCUGCUCUAUCAAUGGCUUCCUGCAGGGACACCACCUGCUGCACUGUGCCCAGUUUGAAGACACCUGGCUGACCAAAGCUCGCCUGGCUGCAGGUUUUCUUCUGUUUGUGGUUGGAAUGAUCAUCAACAUCCACAGCGAUCACAUCCUGCGCAACCUGAGAAAACCUGGAGAGAUCACCUACAGGAUCCCCCGAGGGGGGGUGUUUGAGUUCGUGUCCGGUGCUAACUUCUUCGGGGAGAUCGUGGAGUGGUGUGGUUACGCCGUGGCCACGUGGUCGUUACCAACCUUCGCCUUCGCUUUCUUCACAGUCUGCUCCGUGGGGCCCAGAGCGCUCGAGCACCACAGAGACUACCAGAAGAGGUUUGAGGAUUACCCUCGCUCCAGGAGAGCUCUCAUUCCUUUCUUACUGUGAGGACAUCAUCUCAGCUCUUUAGUUUCUGUCCCUCUCUGUCUCUGUCUGUCUCUCUGACGGACGCCUCCUUCAUCACAUGACAUCAGUACUACCAGUUGUGUGUUGAUGCGUUGAGUGUUAUAAUGUGUUGUAAACAUCAGGAGACAAACGCAGCGACAAUCUGGUCACUUGACUUCGAUGAUGAUGAUGAUGACGACGAUGAUGAUGAUGAUGACGACGAUGAUGAUGA